UGACGGCCCUGCCUAUUGGCUCAUGUCAUGACGUCACUGUCUUUCCCAGAGGUAAUGCCAUCAACUGGAUUGGGAGCAGCUGGGGCGUUCUGGCAGUAUAAGAGCUCAUGGUUCCUGCCUGCCAGGGUCGCUGGUUUUCCCUGGCCAGCGUCCGCACCUUUGUUUUGUGUCUUUUGACGUUUAAUUUAGGUUCACAACAUUCCUCCGACAUGAUCAAGCACCCACACUGACAUGACUGAAACUACUGACGUACACACCUCAUAGUUGUUUUACUUUUGGAUUAGUUACUUUACUUAAAUAAAUAUAUUUGGAAAUCACCUUUGCAUUGUGUCUCUCCCGUGUUUGUCAUCCCCUUCGAGCCGGGUCAUGACAAAAUGGGGGCUCGUCCGGCCGUUCGUCUGCGCAAUUUAGUCGAGUGUGUUUAAAUUUAGUUACUUGAGCUUGUGAUUUGGUAGGCCUGGCUGCAAUGGUGUUUUAAGUACGGAUUUUUGUAGUCGGUGCCGGUGGUUGCGCACACGUGGAAAGUUGCGAUAGAGCGUGCUUGUUGCGUUGGUUAGUUUGCCUAGAGUGUAAAACAUUUGGUUGUAUUCGUAGUAAAUUAGGGGAGAGUUUACAGUGCAUGUGGGCUGACUGAUCAGGGAGAGCAUCGGAUUUGGCACAGUCUGUCUAUAUAUCGGUUUGUGUGGAUUCCUUUACCUUCAGCGGGGUCAGGAGGAGCUUGUUUUAUUUUGGGUUCGGUUGUUUAAGUUUAUGCCAACGUCCGGGGAGACAAGUGUGAGUGUUCUUAGCGUACCUGGAGAUCAAAGUCUGGAGCGGAGUUUUCCCUUGUAGGUUUGGUAGCGUUCCUCUUUUAGGAUCGUUGCGUGGGUUCGUGGUAGUGUUGUGGUGGCAUAGUGGUUAAAGCUUUGUCUUGGGAGCAUAUCCGUGUCUUUGGGAGAGUUGCUGGCUUGCUAGUUGCUCCCCCGGGGCAGCGGUCUCUAGUGCAUAAAUACCCACCACUGCCCGCUGCAUGAAGACUAGCCGGGAGCUUAGAUAAGGGGGUUAAUGUUAGAUAGCGGGGAAACUCCAAACCGAGAUCUUGGUGCGCACGGGGAUACCUCGCUGUCUUGCUGGUCCUGUUUGGCAUAGAUUGGUGUUGUUUGCCUGUUCUGGGUAAACUAUUGAUGUUGCGAUGGCUGAAUAUGAGGCGUUCACGGCAGCCCCGUCAGAAGAGGCCUUGGAGAGCUGUACUAAGAAGCAGUUAUUGGAAUUGGCUGAGCAUUAUUCAGUAGUUGGGAUGGAUAGGAGGCGUAAAGACGAUAUUAAAGCUGCUUUGAAAUUAAAACUUUGUGAACUGGGAGUUCUUACGUCUGGCCGGUCUCCACCGGUCGUAUGCGUUCCUGCACAAACUCAGGGGUUGACUUUUGAGCAACAGAAAGAGCUUCUCCUGUUGCAGAUGGAGCAUGAAAAACUCAAGUGUGAGUUAGAAGCUAAAAAACAAAUUGAGCUGGAGAUGAUCCACCAGCAGACCGAGAAGGCAAGGAUGGAGCUGGAGAGCUAUCGUCUGUCCCUAGGUAAGGACAAUAAGUGGGCUGGUGAGAGUGAAGGUCGGCAGCUGUCUGGGGUCGGUGCGCGGCCCUUCGACAUAAACAACUUGCGGUUGUUGCCACCAUUCAAUGAGAAGGAUCCUGACUCGUUUUUUGUGAUGUUUGAGCGUGUUUCCACGGCGAGGGGCUGGUCGGAUGGAGACUGUGCUCUGCUGCUCCAGUGCGUACUCACCGGUAAGGCGCAGGGGGCAUACUCGUCUUUGAGCACGGCUGAUAGCGGUAGCUAUGUUAAAAUAAAAUCUGCCGUGCUGAAGGCUUAUGAGUUGGUGCCGGAGGCGUAUCGCCAACGGUUCCGGGCUUGGGAGAAGAGAAGUGGCCAAACGUAUGUUGAAUUUGUUCGCGAUUUAACAACUCAUUUUAAACGUUGGCUGGCUGCGCUUGAGAUCACUACUUUUGAUGAUUUGUGUGAAUUAGUCAUUUUGGAGCAGUUUAAAAACAGGUUGCCUGGUCGGAUUGCAACCUACAUUAAUGAACAUAAGGUUGCCUCCGCUGCAGAGGCUGCUGUGUCAGCAGAUGAGUAUGUGCUGCUUCAUAAGGAUGGUGUGAGAGAGCGCACGCCCAACCGCGAUGAUGCUGGCUGGGGUGAACACAGUCGAAGCACCGUAGCGGCUGACCAGAUGCGUUCGAGGAAGCCUGGCUUUGUUAGAUUCGAGUCUCACUCACGGAGAAAUUUUGACAGCAGUAGAAGCUGUAAUUACUGUCAUGAAAAGGGUCAUUGGAAGGCGGAUUGUCCAGGGUUGUCUAAACAUAGAGGGGGCCAUCCUAAUGUUAAGCCGGCUGCGGCUGCUGUUCCGGUAGUUACCGGCUGUGCGUCAGUCGGAUGUUCUGAGCCGGAUGUUCUGGAGGCAUAUGCUCCUUUUAUCAGAAGUGGUUUUGUGUCGCUUGGGGGUAGCGAUGUUAAAGUCCCGGUUACGAUAUUGAGGGACACGGGGGCAUAUGAUUCCUAUAUGAUCGAGUCCGUCCUGCCGUUGUCCGUAGAAACUGACAGCGGGGACCGUAUCCUCAGUCGGGGGAUGGGGUUGACUGUGUUACCUGUGCCUGUGCAUAGGGUGGUUCUGGAUUGUGAGCUAAUACAGGGGGAGGUAGCUGUGGGAGUGCGGCCGGCGUUUCCUAUCGAGGGGGUUCAGUUCAUUUUGGGAAAUGGCUUGGCUGGCGGCCGCAUCUGGGAUGAUGUUCCUCCCGCACCUGUUGUUACACACUGUCCAGUUAGUACUACGCCUGACUGUAGCUCCAUUGAGAUACCUGAGGAUUUUCCAGCCUGUGUGGUUACACGCGCAAUGAGUAAGGCUGAGCCUGGGUUAACCGAUGAGGAGCGUGGUGAUGCGGAUUUUGAGACUCUGUCCUUGUCCAAUUUUCCACUGUCGGUGCCACAGAGCGAGUUGUUGCAGGAGCAAAUCGGUGAUCUCUCCCUAAAAGAAUUGUUCGAACGUGUGUUGUCGGCUGCGGAGAUAAAAAGUGCAGCCAGCGGCUAUUUUCUGCGCAACGGCCUGCUGUUUAGGAAAUGGAUUGGGGUGAAUAGUGACUGUGUAGGGGAUGCUAUUUUCCAGUUGGUCGUGCCGGCUAAAUUUCGUCCUUUGGUGCUUAAAAUAGCGCACGACGAGAGUGGGCAUUUUGGGGUCAGGAAGACAUAUCUAAACAUCUUGAAACAUUUCUUUUGGCCGCGCGUGAAAAGAGAUGUUGCUGUAUAUAUUAAAACAUGUCAGGUGUGUCAAUUGACGGGAAAACCAAAUCAGCGUGUGAAGUCUGCUCCUCUACAACCGAUCCCUGCCAUAAGCCAACCUUUUGAAUAUUUGAUUGUGGACUGCGUCGGCCCGUUGCCGUGUGCUAAAUCUGGCAGUAAGUAUUUAUUGACAGUGAUGUGCCAAAGUACCAGGUAUCCGGCUGCAUACCCGCUAAGGUCCAUUACAACUAAAGCAGUGGUGCGGGCUCUGACUCAGUUUAUUUCGGUUUUCGGUAUCCCGAAGAUUAUCCAAAGUGACCAAGGGUCAAAUUUUUCCUCUCAUAUGUUUGGUCAAGUGUUGAAAUGUUUGCGCAUCAAACACAAUCAGUCAUCUGCUUAUCAUGCGCAGAGUCAGGGUGCGUUGGAGAGAUUUCAUCAGACUCUCAAAUCUCUCCUGCGUGCUUAUUGCACUGAGCUGGAUCGAGACUGGGAAGAGGGGCUCCCAUGGCUUAUGUUGGCUGCGAGGGAGGCCGUACAAGAGGGCACUGGUUUCAGUCCAAAUGACCUAGUUUUUGGGCAUGUGGUGCGGGGCCCUUUGGCGGUGUUAAAAGAUGAUUGGGUCGAUGCUGAGCCGCCCAAGAACUUGAUCGAUUUUGUGAACGGGUUUCGGCAUCGAUUGUUCGUGGCAGGUGGUAGAGCACGCGAUAAAUUGCAAAUGUCUCAGAGCAAAAUGAAGGGGAAUUAUGACCGCCAUACAGAGCGGCGCGAGUUCAGUCCGGGGGACCAAGUCCUGGCAUUGAUGCCUAUUGUAGGUUCGCCCUUCCAGGCCAAGUACACUGGUCCAUAUACGGUAAUUGAGAAAAUCACGGAUUUGAACUACUUUAUUGCGACACCGGGGCGGAGGAAGUCCAAACAGCUUUGUCACGUGAAUUUGUUGAAACCGUUUUACAGCCGUGGUAUGGGGUCAGGACAGACCGAGGAAGGGGUUUGUCCAGCUCUGGCCGUGGGUUCAAUGGCUCUGAUACAUGAGGAUGGGGUGCCUGAGCCGGAUGACAGUCUGCUGUGUGGUCGCUUAAAAAAUUCAGAAUCUCUGAGUAACUUGGAUAGGCUGCUCUCUCAUUUACCGGAGUCUAAACGUUGUGAGCUCACUAAUUUGGUGCGCAAGUUUCCCUGUCUGUUCGGCGAUGUCCCUUCGCGCACCGAUUGGGUGGAGCACGAUAUUGAGGUGGGAGAUGCACAGCCGAUAAAACAACGUUUCUAUCGUAUGUCACCAGAGAAGCGUCAACAUCUGGACUCUGAAGUAAAAUACAUGGUCGAAAACAAUAUUGCUGUACCGUCUAAUGCCAGUUGGGCAUCUCCGUGUAUUUUGGUACCGAAGCAGGAUAAAACGCCGCGGUUUUGUACAGAUAUGAGAAAGGUAAAUUCGGUUACAAAGCCAGAUUCUUUCCCUUUGCCGCGAAUGGAGGACUGUGUUGACAGUGUUGGUGCCGCCAAGUUUGUGAGUAAAUUUGAUCUGCUCAAGGGAUAUUGGCAGGUACCUCUGUCCAAGCGGGCUCAGGAGAUCUCGGCAUUUAUUACACCAACGGGUCUGUAUUCGUAUACUGUCCUGCCAUUCGGACUAAGAAACGCUCCCGCUACGUUCCAGCGAUUAAUGAACAGAGUUGUGUCCGGGCUGGAGGGAUGUUCGGUUUAUUUGGAUGAUCUGGUGAUUUAUAGUGACACGUGGCACUCCCAUUUGCAGCGCAUUCGGGCGCUGUUUGAGCGCUUGGAAGAAGCGCGACUCACCAUUAAUUUAGCAAAGUGCGAGUUUGCUAGGGCCACUGUUACUUAUCUGGGGCGGGUAGUUGGGCAAGGUCGUGUAGCCCCAGUCCAGGUUAAGGUUAUGGCCAUCGAAAAAUUUCCACGGCCCACCACCAAAAAAGAGCUGCAGCGGUUUCUGGGUCUGGCGGGAUACUAUAGGAUUUUUUGUAGAAAUUUUUCCACUGUGGUGUUUCCUCUUACUGAGCUGCUGAAGACCAGAGUAAAGUUUGUGUGGUCUGUGGAGUGUCAACAGGCCUUUGAUAACGUUAAAACUGUGCUAUGCUCUUCUCCUGUUCUGGCAGCACCGCGUUUUGAUCGGACCUUUUUGCUCCAGGUUGAUGCCAGCCAGGUGGGAGCAGGCGCCGUCUUGAUGCAAGGAGAUGACCAGGGGGUAAUGAGACCAGUGAGCUUCUUUUCUAGGAAAUUCAAUGGUUACCAGUUUAAUUAUUCUGUUAUCGAGAAGGAAGCAUUAGCGUUGGUUUGGGCGUUGCAACAUUUUGAAGUGUAUGUGGGGGGUUGUGCACCACUUGUUGUGUAUACAGAUCAUAAUCCUCUGACCUUUCUUCGUUCAUUGCGAUGUCCGAAUCAGAGAUUGAUGAGAUGGGCUCUGUUUCUGCAGGGAUAUGAUCUUGACAUUCGGCAUAUCAAAGGGUCCGAUAAUACAAUUGCAGAUGCGUUGUCACGUGCUCCGUUGCCUUGAAUUAGUAUUUCGGAAAAGGGAGGUCUACAUUUGAGUUAUGCCAUUUCAUGUUGCUCGUGACUUGUUCUUGCUGUGCCUGUUGUCUUAAAUUGCUUCUCAGGUACCAGAGUUGCUGAGGACAGGUGGGGAAGGGGCGGAACAUGGGCAGGGUGAUGGGUUUCUUGUUUAUAAAUUUUUUGUAGUAAUUCGGUUAUUUUUGUUUUUCUGGUCAGUUGCUUAUUUUUUAUUAGCAUUGUUUAAGUUUCGUUUUAGUGUUUUUCUAGGGGGACUAGUCCUGCUUUAUUUGUUGUAGUGUGUCGGUGUUCCCUUUGGGACACCGAUCUUAUGGGGGGGGGUGUGACGGCCCUGCCUAUUGGCUCAUGUCAUGACGUCACUGUCUUUCCCAGAGGUAAUGCCAUCAACUGGAUUGGGAGCAGCUGGGGCGUUCUGGCAGUAUAAGAGCUCAUGGUUCCUGCCUGCCAGGGUCGCUGGUUUUCCCUGGCCAGCGUCCGCACCUUUGUUUUGUGUCUUUUGACGUUUAAUUUAGGUUCACAACAUUCCUCCGACAUGAUCAAGCACCCACACUGACAUGACUGAAACUACUGACGUACACACCUCAUAGUUGUUUUACUUUUGGAUUAGUUACUUUACUUAAAUAAAUAUAUUUGGAAAUCACCUUUGCAUUGUGUCUCUCCCGUGUUUGUCAUCCCCUUCGAGCCGGGUCAUGACAG